AAAAAAAAAAAAAAAAAAAAAAAAACUAAAGUUUUUCUUCUUGAACCUAUUUUUGGAGAAUGGUUUUCUUUUUUUACUCAGGUAACAUCAAAUAAUCAUGCUAUAGAAUGUCGUGUUGGUACCAAUCCAUUGUUUAUCAAAGUUUUUUUCUUCUGAUACACAAUGGAUCUUGGUAUCACAUCAACAGCUUCAAGAUACACCCAUACAAGGAUCUAUUUUUAAAACCAGGCAAAAUACAAAAUGGGAAUUGGUACUGUGGGGGUCAGGCCUUUUAUGUUGGGUGGAUUGCCCUAUUGUAUCCAAAAACUUUCCUUUCAAGGUUCUUACGAAAUAAGAUUUACAAGGGUGACACACAAUAAACAAUACGACAUUAGCCUGUGCUUGUAAUCAUCGGCCUAUUUACAGAC